AAUUUGUUUAUUUAUUUUAUAUCAUUCACAAGAUUUUGCUGCCUUUGUGCAUGGACGAACCCAGUAACGAUAUCCACCACCCACUAUAACUUCCCCCUGUUGAUAUGUGACGAUAAGCGCAAGUAGACGUGCGACCUAAAACCUUAAACAGAAGAAGACAAGUAACAAAUAAAUACUAUGAAGAUAGCAAAUAUAAAAUAUAACUGUGGAGGGAGAGAGGGAGAUGUUUUGUUUGUUUUGGGGAAAGAAUAGACAGUGGGAAGUGAGACAUGCGAGCCAUUUACGCAUUUUACUAAGGAAGAAUAAAGCCAAAACGGGCAUAUACUUAUUGAUUAUACUUUCUCCAGAAAUAAAGAUAAAGGCAUAUAUCGUGUGGUGAUAUCAGAUUUUAUAAAUAAUCAUACUUAACCAGUUGUUGAAGUUUAAAUACGUUAGAUAUCAGUCAGGGGUUUCCUUAACUAAUGUAUAUAAAAUAGUUUCAUAAACACCUAGGUGGCUUGAAGACUUUACUAGCUUGAAUGACUUUCUUUUUUUUUUUUACCAGCUUGAGUGAUUAACAGAGAAAAAUUACAUAUAAGUCAGAAAACCUAAGAAACACUUAAAACCAAACAGCUGGGAUAACCUAAAUAUCAACGCUUACUAAACCCAUCUUGCCGCGAGGGUUUUAACUCCAAGAUGCAACAUAAAAUGAUGGUGGAACACCGAGUAGGCUCAAAGAAACUAGCAAAGUUACUGAUGUAACAUCCACGAAUUGACUUGAUUUUGCGGAACAUGUAAACAAUUUGAGCAAAAAGUAAAGUAUGCUGGCUAACUAUGGUUCAAAGUGAGAAGCAACCAAACUAGUUCGUUGAUUUUAUUUUGCCAGUCCAAUGCAACAUCUAUGUUAGCAUGUUACCAGUUAAAGUUGUAGUCUAAGGGAUUUCAUUUCUUUAUAGAUAGUUGAUAUCAAACUUACUCUGACAAUAAUGGUGUUAAACUUUCGCAUGAUUUCAAAUGAAAAAAAUUAGGGAAAAUUAUUAAUGUCCGGAAUUCAUCAGAACGUUACUCCUACUAUAUAUAGUAUAUAUUAGCAAUGUAUAUUAGCAACCUGUAAGCUUCACAAAACAAUACAUCAAACAUACUAAAAACAAAACUGAAAUAACCCUUGUUUCAAAAAAAAAAACAAAACCUACGUACAUGGCUACUAGCUACAUACAAAAGUAUAAUUUGUCAAAGUUUAUGAGCCUCGAUAAAAACCUAGUAAAUAAAUUAUCUCAAGCUAUGGUUUAUAUACUACAAUAUUAAAUCUCAUUUAUCAAAUUAUCAUACUUAAUUCAUAAAAUAUAAAGCUUGAAUUCCGCCGAUGAUUUCUCAAUACACAAUAAUUUUUUUAUUCUUCUUAAUAAUUCCCAAGAGUAUAAAAAUGUAAAAAUCUCGUUUGUUGAGAUCAUAUAUUGUAUAUAAAAGAAAAUAAGGAAGGUUCCAACUUCCAAGUUCCUACUCGUUUGAAUAAUUCAUGCUAACUACUAAAUAAAAUGCACGUGACGUGAGUCAUUAUAGUAUACAAAAGUUGGCAUCGCAUUAAUAUGAUUGUCGUAUAUCAAACGACACUGACUCGUUUGCAUAUCGUCAUAGAAUCUUGCGAGGAGCCAAUAUCAAUCUCUCUACUUGACAAAUAAAUAAUAGUCCCGACAGUAUUUGUUCACACGACGAACGCAUUAUUAAAGAGAAGAACCUCAUAACUCAUUGAUGUAGUAAUAAUUGCGUAAUUCUAAUGAUUUCUUCGAAUUUCAAGUUGGAAAAUAACAGUUUUGAUUUUAUUUUAUUAAGAAAACUAGAAUAUUUUGAUGGAUUCUUUUUAGAAAAUUGUUUUUGAUGGCUCUGAGAUCAUCAAAGCUCUUCCUUUUCAGUCCUUUACACGGUAGGCAUUGGAUAUAUUGUGUUACCUUAGGGUUUGCAGACAAGGGAAGACCAGUGUGGCAGAGGAAGAGCUCGAUGGCAGAGCUAGACAACGAGGAGCUCCGGCGACUCAAAGAUGUUAACAUGGACGAAGCUCCGGCUCGCCGUCUUGUUCGUGAUUGCUUUAAGGAUAUUCAGCAUAAUCUCGAUCAUAUCCUCAUCAAGACACCAGGAGAUGGAAUUAAGACAAAGGAGUCUUAUGAGGUGAAUUCAAGAGGAGUUGAGAUCUUCUCAAAAAGCUGGCUUCCUGAAGCAGCUUCUAGGCCCAGAGCUCUUGUUUGUUUCUGCCAUGGUUAUGGAGAUACUUGCACGUUUUUCUUCGAAGGGAUCGCAAGGAGAUUGGCAUUGUCGGGAUAUGGAGUUUUUGCUAUGGAUUAUCCAGGGUUUGGUUUAUCGGAAGGCUUGCACGGCUAUAUUUCUAGCUUUGACCUUCUUGUUGAAGAUGUCAUUGAGCAUUACUCCAACAUCAAAGAGAAACCUGAGUUUAGUUCUCUACCUAGCUUUCUGUUUGGGCAGUCAAUGGGUGGAGCAGUGUCGCUCAAGAUACAUUUCAAACAACCAAAUGCUUGGACCGGUGCAGUCUUGGUAGCACCCAUGUGCAAAAUUGCAGAGGAUAUGGUUCCACCACCUGUAUUGAAACAUAUUUUGAUCGGUUUAUCUAGUGUUCUACCGAAACACAAGCUGGUUCCCCAAAAGGAUUUAACUGAUGCAGCUUUUAGAGAUGUCACUAAGAGAAAAUUGGCACCAUACAACGUCAUUUGUUAUUGCGACAAGCCGCGUCUACGGACUGCUGUAGAAAUGCUUCGAACAACUCAGGAGAUUGAGCAACAGUUGCACAAGGUGUGUUUGCCAAUACUGAUUCUACACGGAGAGGCUGAUAGAAUGACAGACCCAUCAGUGAGCAGAGAUCUUUACGAGAAAGCCAAAAGUUCAGACAAGAAGAUAGUUCUGUAUAAAGAUGCUUAUCAUUCUCUGUUGGAAGGCGAACCAGACGAAGUAAUCCUCCUUGUCUUGUCCGAUAUUAUCUCCUGGCUUGACGACCAUAGCUUGCAAGUUGAAGGAUCAUAAAGUUACUUUUUGUUUAGUUACAGAAAAGUAUUUUUCAUUGUAUUAACUAUUAACAGUAAUAAAAAGGUCAUUAUUUGCAAUACUUCUUAGGGCAGCAAAGAAUA